GUGUCUCCCCGGGGCCUGCAGCUACUGCGCGGAUGAUGGAGCGAGCGGCCCUGCGACUUCUGCGCCGCAGCACGCUGCUCUGCAGAAACUUCCCCACUGGCCUAUCACCAUGGAUGGCUUUUCCUCGGGUCCAAAAGUCCUCGCAGUCCGAAGCACUGCUCAACCUGUCCACCAACAACAGCCUCCCAACAGGGCCCCUGCAGACGUUCACGGAUGAGGAGCUGAUGAUUAAAAGCUCAGUGAAAAAAUUUGCCCAGGAACAAAUUGCUCCUUUGGUUUCAACAAUGGAUGAAAAUUCAAAAAUGGAUAAAUCUAUCAUCCAAGGAUUAUUUCGGCAAGGGCUGAUGGGGAUCGAGAUUGAUACCAAGUAUGGAGGCACUGGCUCCUCCUUCUUCUCCUCCAUCCUGGUGAUUGAGGAACUGGCCAAAGUGGACGCCUCGGUGGCCGUGCUGUGUGACAUCCAGAAUACCAUCAUCAACACCAUGCUCAGGAAGCUGGGCACCGAAGAGCAGAAGGCCACCUACCUGCCCAGGCUGGCCACCGAUGUGGUGGGUAGCUUUUGCCUUUCAGAGGCUGGAGCAGGUAGUGAUUCGUUUGCCCUGAAGACCCGAGCUGACAAGAAGGGGGACCACUACGUGCUCAACGGGUCCAAGAUGUGGAUCAGCAAUGCCGAGUACGCGGGGCUCUUCCUGGUCAUGGCCAACGUGGAUCCCAGCUCCGGGUACAAGGGAAUCACCUGCUUCUUGGUAGACCGUGACACUGAUGGCCUCUACAUCGGGAAACCCGAAAACAAGAUGGGAAUCCGGGCCUCCUCCACUUGCCCACUCACAUUUGAGAAUGUCAAGGUCCCACAAGCUAACAUCAUAGGCCAAGUCGGGCACGGCUACAAGUACGCCAUCGGGAGCCUGAAUGAGGGGCGCAUCGGUAUCGCUGCCCAGAUGCUGGGAUUGGCCCAAGGCUGUUUUGACUACACCAUUCCAUACAUUAAAGAGAGGAUACAGUUUGGCAAAAGAUUAUUUGACUUCCAGGGUCUCCAACACCAAGUGGCUCAUGUGGCCACCCAGCUGGAAGCCACACGACUACUCACGUACAACGCAGCACGACUGCUCGAGGCUGGGCGGCCUUUCAUCAAGGAGGCGUCUAUGGCCAAGUACUAUGCUUCAGAGGUCGCAGGGCUCACCACCAGCAAGUGCAUCGAGUGGAUGGGCGGUGUGGGCUACACCAAAGAGUUCCCCGUGGAGAAGUUCUUCCGAGAUGCCAAGAUUGGGACCAUCUAUGAAGGAGCCUCCAACAUCCAGCUCAACACCAUCGCCAGGCGCAUUGAUGCCGAAUACUGACCUCCCUGAUGCGGGAUGCGGGACAACCCCCCCUCAUUCCACCAUCCCUGACACCAGCCGUCAACUCUUGUGCCUUCACAUGGGGUGUAAGGAGCCCCGAUAUCUGCAGUGCUUUGAGUCAAGCUCUCCACCGUGGCUUCCAGGGUAGAGACUUUCUCUCCUUCGCAGGCUGUUGCCCUUAAGUCGCCUACUGAGGAGUGGAGAAGGAAGGCAGUUUGGUGACGCCACAAUCAACUAUUCAAGCUGCCCCACACACAUUUACACACACAUUCGAAUGAGGGAAGGCAUUGAAGGUGCUGCUCAUGGACAUGAUGCUUUAAUGGUCUUCAUGGCAGUUGUCAGACCUGGUAGACCCAGGGGAUCACCCCAAAUUCUAAGUUCCAGAAGCAGAGCCUAAAGAGAAAAUAUUUACAAAAGCCUGCAAGUUCUUCCUACCUGGGCAUGAGUAAGAAAAGGGUCUUGCAUUUGUGUGUGGGGGUGCAUUUUGAGUCUAGGGACCAGGUCAGUAGCAGAAACGCUUUGACACAGGAAGGAAAUGUGGAGUUUGGGGAAUGGACCCACAGAAAAGAUGGAAUUCACGGAGGCAUCAGCGGCCACUUAAAAAUAAGGCUGAGUCUUUGCGCUUGAGGUUGAAUCAUCAGGUUCAGGAAGUAAAGUAUGUUUCGAUAUUGGACUGUCUGCCCAGUCCCCCUCUGUUUUUCAACAGUAUGUUCUCUACUGAUUAAAUUGAAUCCUGACUUGGGAAUUUAGACACAUAGCCAGGGAAACAGCUAAAAGGACCCCGGAGCACAGCUUUGCAAGCAUGGUCCUCAGUACAGUCUGGUCUCCUGACACAGUAGGGAGCGACCCUUGUGCGUCUCUGGGUGUGGCCCAAAGAAAGGAAGUUUUGAUGCUGUGGUUCUCAAGCAAGAGAUGGCUAGCUCCAGAGACAGUGCUCGCAAACUUGUCAAGAG